UUUGGCUAGUUAACUGCAAGAGAGGUGGCAGUCGGUAACUAACGUUAGUUCUCUAGCUAGCUGGUAAUUCGUGCAUGUGUUGAGUUGUUAAGUUAUAUUCGCGUUAACUAGCUAGUUAACGUGUUAGGACAUUUUUAAAAAGCUAUUUCACCUACGAGUAAUCUAAUUAUAAUAUAAUAACACACAGAAAUACGAGCCUUGGGUCAUUAAUAGAGGUUAGUCGGGAUUGAAGCUUUCACCUGCAGUAACAAGGCAAGGGAACUUUUAACUACUUCCUAUGCCAUGAAAACCCAAACCUUUUGAAUGCCCAAAUCAAGGGAAGUGGUGUCAUCCACAUCGGGCAGUGACUCUGACAGUGAGGUGGAGAAGACCAAGGCCAAGAGAAAGAAGGCCAGUGCUCCACCAGAGAAGCCCGAGGCCAAGAAACCGAAGCUGAGUGGAGAGGGCUCUCGACCUGGCGCAGGAGGGUCCUCUAAGGCUGCAGACAGCAAAACGGAGGCUGGCAUGUUCCAGAUUGGGAGAAUGCGAUACGUCAGCGUGAGGGAGUUCAAAGGGAAGUGUUUAGUUGACAUCAGAGAGUACUGGAUGAACCAGGACGGGGAAAUGAAGCCUGGCAAAAAAAGGUAUCUCCUUAAACCCGGAGCAGUGGACCCAGCUGAAGGACCAGAUGUCAGAGAUCGACGACGCGAUCAAGAGAACAUGAUGACCGUUCCCAGGGUGCUGACAGUCCAGCUUGUCUAUCUAGUGAUCUUAAUGUCCCACAUGGCACCCUAUUCCCUAUAUAGUGCACUACUUUAGACCAAGGCCCUAUGGAGCACUAUUCCCUAUAUAGUGUACUACUUUAGACCAUGGCCCUAUGGA